GGGAAUUAGCAGCCGAACAGGGAGGGGAUAGUAGACAGGGCACAAAUAAUCCCAAAGAAGUGUAGAGUGAUCGUUACUCCAAAAGAAAGAGUCGCUGGAAGCCGAGACGGGCUCUUGUUGCGCGUCUCAAAACGUGAUCGCUGCUUACGUUUCCUUUUCCCCUUAUUAUUAUUUUUUUUUAACAUUUAUUAUUUGUACGCAAGUUGUGUUUUAAACGUUUAUCCUAGGCCACUAGGUGACCAAGCAAAGGCUCCCAUAUUUUUUUUGUUUCAAGAGAACGCCCAACUCCCAAAGCUUGCCAUGGGGGCCUCUCUCCUCCAGGCCUACAGGAGGCGCUGGUGGAUGGCCGUGACGGCGGUGAUCGAGAAUCUGCUGUGUUCGGCAGUGCUUCUGGGAUGGGGCUCGCUGCUCAUCAUGCUGAAAAGGGAGGGCUUCUACUCUCACCUGUGCAAAGAGAACGAUUCUCUGGCGGUCUCCCUGGGCAACGACUCGAGCCAGGAGAAGGAGAAGUGGCUGAGCUGCGUGGACCAGGAGGAGAUGCUGAACCUGGGCUUCACCAUCGGCUCCUUCCUGCUCAGCGCCACCACCCUGCCACUGGGCAUCCUGAUGGACAAGUACGGGCCGCGGCCCAUCCGGCUGGUCGGCAGCUUCUGCUUCGGCCUGUCGUGCGUCAUGAUGUCCAUGUCCGCCUACGACCCGGCAGUGCUCUCGGCGCUCAUCUUCCUGGCACUCUCCUUCAACGGCUUCGGAGGAAUCUGCCUCACCUUCACCUCCCUGACGCUCCCCAACAUGUUCGGCAGCUUGAGCUCCACCAUCAUGUCCCUGAUGAUCGGCUCCUACGCCUCCUCGGCCGUUACCUUCCCCGGAGUCAAGCUCAUCUAUGACGCGGGCGUUUCCUUUAACGUCAUCAUGUGGGUAUGGGCGGGGCUUGCUGCGUUCGUGUUCGGCAACUGCUUCAUCAACUGGCCCAAGGAGGGCUUCCCCACUCCGGACGAGGUGGACUAUAGUAAGAUCCUGGAGGUACAGGAAGGGUCUUCCCCAGAGCAGAUGGCCGUAGGAGAGCGGCUGAGCGACAGGAACGGAGCCGUUCGACGCUCCACCGAGAAGCUGCCCGACGCCACCGUUUCGGCCGUGCCGUUCCGUCGGUCUGUGUUCUCACCCAUCUUCCUGUGGAGUCUGGUGACCAUGGGCAUGUCCCAGCUCAGGAUCAUCUUCUUCAUGGGCGCCAUGAACAAGAUGCUGGAGUACAUGGUCCUGCAGGGAGAAGCCCACCCUUCGGACGACCAGGUGAUUUUAGCCGCGGACAAUGUGAGUUUCUAUUCAUCCAUCUUCGGAACCCUGCAGCUGCUCUGCCUGCUGACCUGCCCUCUGAUUGGCUGCAUCAUGGACUGGAGGAUGAAAGAGUGCGUUGAGGAGAAGUGCCCCGCACUGAGCGAUGAGAAGAAACCUUCCCAGUCGGCCUCCCCCAGGAGAGACGGUAAGAUCCAGAAGGUGACCAACGCCAUGUGGGCCUUCCUCCUCACCAACCUGCUGCUGCUGGCCUUCGGCAUCUGCUGCCUCAUCGACAGCCUGCCGCUACAGGUCCUGACGUUCAUCCUCCACACCAUGGUGCGAGGCUUCAUCCACUCCUGCUGCGGGGGCCUCUACGCUGCUGUCUACCCGUCCAACCACUUCGGCACCCUGACCGGCCUGCAGUCCAUGAUCAGUGCCGUGGUGGCACUGCUUCAGCAGCCUCUGUUCAUCGCCAUGGUCGGCCCGCUCGCUGGAGACCCCUACUGGAUCAACAUGAGCCUGCUGAUCUCCUCCUUCGCGGGCUUCCUGCUACCGGGCUACCUGUUCUACCACCGGCGCAGCCUGGAGAAGGAGCACGCCGCCAGGGACAAGAGGCUCGCCAGCCAGGAGACGCAGGCACUCAGCCAACCGGAGGCCAACGGACACAAGAACCACAGCAACGGACACACCCCCGUGGAGGCCUAGGACCCUGGGGGGAAGGGGAGUGAGCGAGUGAAUGGUUGAGCGAGUGAAUGGUUGAGCGAGUGAAUGGUUGAGCGUGCAAGCCUGUGCGAGCGCGCGUGCGCGCGCGUGUGUGUGUGUGUGUGUGUGUGUGUGUGUGUGUGUGUGUGUGUGUGAAUGAGCGCGUGAGUGAGUGUGGCACCCUCACCCAGUAGGGAUCCCCAGAGGGGGAGGGUUGGGGGCGGGGGUUAAACGUGCCUUGACAUGGGUCCCAAUGACGAACAGCCCCAGUACAAACGCUCCCCUGCUGCUCGCCUGCAGUGCGUCAGGAGAGAGGCGAGCCUGACUCGGCCAGGGGCAUGACACUGUGUCACCUUGUGGUCCCGGUCCGCUUUCCAUUAUUUUCCCACAAUGCAAUUUCAGUACCGGAGACAAAAUAUGAUAUGUGCUUCCAUGCUCGGGUAUUCAAAUUCCUUUCCUGUUGGUCCAUUCGGUCAACUACAAACAGCUUGUGUGUGUGUGUGGGUGUAUACACAGCUCAAAUGUAGUUGUGUGUGUGUGUGUUACAGAGAAGAUGAUAAGAUAUUUGUUGUCGAAGCUAAAGAUUUCAAUGGACUGUAUUGACAUCUCCCCCUUCAGAAAUUGAAUAGAAACCAGUCUAAUCAUUGUUCUGUAUGUUUUUAUUUUCUCGGUUAAGCUCAACGGGCCAUGGGGCAUUCUAAAGUCAAAAGCCAUAUGUUUUGCUGAUAAAGUGGAUGCAGAUUGUGAGUAAUGGUACUUGAAAGACAUUUCAUACGGUACACAAUUGCAAUCCUUGCCUAUACCAAAGAACAGCAACAACUCUUUGAGAUGUUGCAGAAGUGCUCUUACUGUAGUGAACGAUACAGACUCCUGGUGCUGCCGCUGACGUGAUAAACCACAGGACGCAGAACACAACCCUCUGCCCCUUUCUGUUACUGAGCAUCCAACAUAUAAUCCCUUCAUCCCUUCACCCUUUUUACUUCAGCAUUCCCUCUGCAUGUUCACAGGCAGAGGAACAUCUAAACGUAUCCACACACAUAUGCACACGAUAGGCUGGUGGUACACCAUAACUACCUCUCCUUCCGUCUUGCUGUUACCAGUUUCCAUGCCUGUCCAUUUCUGCCACCAAGGAAGGAAGGAAGGACCCUGUAAUCAACCUUCACAUUUGCUGUUUUUAUAUGUAGGAACGCAUUUUUUUCGUGAAAGAGAAGCAGAUGACUGAAAUUGAAACCUUGUCAUGGUUGUUGAACACUUGCUUACUGCUUUACACACAGAUGAAAUAGUGUGUAAACAACGUAUUUGGGUGUGUUUUUAUACAUUUAGUGGCGGUAGUGAUGAAAAGGGAAGUGUUUUUAUCAUCAUCAAUGUAGUAUAUUUUUGUAGUUUCUUAGUUAUGAAUCAUCUACAUAUUUACUGUGUAUUCAAUGUAUUUUUGGGCUUUUGUUUGAUUGCAGUAAAAAAACAAAAAACUGCUCUGUAAAUGUUUGUUUUCCCCUAUACUUGCUUGUUCACGUUCACACAGGACUUCCACCAAUGGCGCAAAGCCAACCUCCGUAAGCUGGCCUAGAGAAUGGACUUGGAUACGGUUUGAUUCUAGACCGCCAGUUGAUCUGAAGCAGUCUAGAUCAUCAGUGCAGAAGCCGCCAUUUUGCUGGAUUUAUCCCCAUUGACCGUCUCACCCCCAAGUGUGUGUCGGUGGGUUCUGAGGCCUUGCUACCGCUGACUUCUGCUCUGCACGCUAACUUCUGGCUCACCUCCUGUAUCAUUUUGUGAGUGUACACAAGCGAACCCAUUUCCUAGACCUUGAUCCUCCGAGACCCAGGAUUCCCGGUAAACCAAAGUCCGGCCUCGCGGCUGUUAAGCUAAUACACAGGACCUGGUUGGUUGUGAAGACGUUUCAGUGGACCGCAGUGCACUUCACGUCAAGGUUACCCCAGAACCAAGUGGUCUGGAAUUUCUUUCACCUAUAUAUGUAAUGUUUUGAUUUUGUAUUGUUUGUAGUUAGAAAGUAUUUCCCCCUCCCCCCCCCUGCUUGUUCUAUAUGCAUAUAUCUAUCUAUACACCUGAUGAAAACAUUAUCAAUAAAUCGAGUUAUUUCAAA